CGGCCGCAGAUUGCGGCUGGGAAAGCAGCAGCGGGAACACACAGUGGAACAGCCACCGCUGCUCCGUAGAGGCUGUGACUUCAGGCUUGAACAGAAGUACAAUUCCUCUUCAUCUCUCCGGACAAGACAGGACAAAGGAUGUCGUGGAUAACAGAAGGUGAACUGUCGAUGCUGGAGAGAUUCUGUGCCAGUGUGUUAAAAGCUGGACCGAUGCCCAAGCAUGUGGCGUUCAUCAUGGAUGGCAACCGGCGUUACGCUCAGAAGCAUAAUGUGAAGAAACUAGAAGGGCACACACAGGGAUUUGCGAAACUGGCACAGACUCUGCAGUGGUGUUUGUCUCUGGGUAUCCGGGAAGUCACAGUUUACGCCUUCAGUAUUGAGAACUUCAAGCGGUCCAAGGAAGAAGUAGAUGGAUUGAUGGAACUAGCAAGGCAGAAAUUCAUCCGUCUUCUAGAGGAACAGGACAAUCUGGAGAAACAUGGUGUGUGUGUGCGAGUCCUCGGAGACCUGACACUCUUGCCACUAGAUAUCCAGAAGCUGAUUGCCAAGGUUGUGCUGGCCACAAAGCAAUACAACAGGUGUUUUCUGAACAUCUGCUUUGCAUACACAUCGAGAGAUGAGAUUAGCAAUGCUGUGAAGGAGGUGGCGUGGGGUGUUGAACAAAAGUUGCUGCAGCCAAGCGAUGUGUCAGAAUCCUUACUCGACAAGUGUCUCUAUACUUGCAAGUCCCCUCAUCCGGAUAUCCUGAUAAGAACUUCGGGAGAGGUCCGGCUUAGUGAUUUCUUGCUGUGGCAGGUAAACUAUUCCUGCUUGGUGUUCCAGCCUGUCCUGUGGCCAGAGUACUCCUUCUGGAAUUUGUGGGAUGCUGUUAUCCAGUACCAGAUGAACCACAGCGCUUUGCAAAAAGCCAGAGAGCUGUACCUGGAAGAAAGGAAAUGGCAGCAGCUAGAAAACGACAAGACGUAUGUAACUGAGAAGCUGAAACAAGAAGAGUGUGCAUCCCCAGGUGAUCCUCAGCGUCGGCGGGACCUCUUUCAGGAAUGCAAAGCUCAGCGAGAAGAGAGGAUCCAGGGCUUUUUGCAGGCCUUGGAAAAGAAGAGAAUGGACUUCCUUGUAAAACUAAGCAAGGUGUCCGCAUGACACAAAGGAACUUGUAAGGGGAGGGUGGUGAAGAGGAGGAAGCAUGUAAGCCAAGUUAGGAUCCAUGCAGCUACUGUUCAGAGUGCUUUGUUCAAAAAUGGGGUCUACUGAAGGUCUUGUUUUCCCAGUAGACAUGGCAGCAAGGCUCUCUCUCUUUUUUUAACCUCUUCUUAUUUCUGGUGGUUAUCCAGACUGUUGGAACACGUUACUGAUUCCUAAUGUAAUACAGUUUAAGAGGUGGUGGAACACACAGUUAGCUGUAGAACUGGUCAAUAAAAGACAACAUUGUGUAGUGGUGUGUGUGAAAGAAGUGCUGUGUGCACAUGGGCUUCUUUUUUUGUGCCGUUUUCCCAAACUGCAGUCUUUCUGCGUUGCUCUUUCAGGGCUUUUUGAGAGGUUGUUUGCGAUGUGGCACAGGGAGACUGCACUUGUUAAAGUUUAAAACUGCAAAUAUAUGCACUUGGGAGGAAGCCCUGCUGACCCUGGCAGGGUUUAGCUCUGAGAAAUCCUGCAGUAGGCUAUAAGUGAAAAACUGUAUAAGAGCUGUAUAAGAGAAAAACCCUGUUGUAUGCACACCAGUGUGUGUGUGGUGAAUAUGAGCCCCAUGAGUUCUAGAGAGGCUUUAUUGGUCUUCUUCUGCUAGUGAGGUAGACUGGCUAUCCAAUCUCUUUUUGUCCUUCCAUAUCUAGUUCCUUGAGUCCUUGGUGCCAGAGACAUUGGAAUUGGAGGGCAAAUGUGCUUGCAGAACAGCACAGGUGGCCAUGCUGCUGCACUCAUUUUAAUGUUCCUCUUGCUCAAAGAGCCUUGCAGAGCUUUGGACAGACAUAUUGACCACAAUCCAGGUUAUUCUACAUGUCCGUAUCUAAUGUUGCGUUCUUCGCUUUUUAAAAAAAGUGUGUGUACAUGAAUGCGUGUGUGGUGUUUUUAGUUUUUACUUUUUGAUGGCACUUGUCCGUUUUUUAAAAAAAAUUGAAAAUUAAGCAUGCUGGUUGCAGCUGGAAGAUGAUGAUUGCAAUAUCAAACAAAAUAAAACAUUUUCAUGACAGGCAUCUUUUUAAAAAGAGCUGAACGUUAUUAAGAGUUUCUGUUUUUCUAAAAGCUAAGUG